AUGGCCGUUACUGCCCAGCAACAGGCUGCCGCCCAGCCUCAGCUGGUUUUCCUCGAUGGCACUUUUGAGGAACUCGCCCUCGAAAUGGCUGAGUACCUCAACAUCGCCAGCGAUAUCCAGCCCCUCGUCGAGAAGAACCAAAAGGAGGAGGUUCUCGGAAAGUUGGUCCAGGCCUCCGGCGGCCUCAACACAGUCCAGGAGAAGGAGUACACGGCGGCGUCGAACCUCAUGAUCUACCUCGUCCUCCAAUCGCAAGACCCCCGACGAUACCUCCCCACCCUCUGCAACACCUUCGCCAAGCCCAUCACCACGUCGCCCCAUAACGGCGUCGGCCUGAGCCUCAACGCCCUCACCACCGUCUUCAACCUUCUUCCCUCCGAGAACCCCAUCCGCGCCAGGGUGUUCUUGGAGAUUCUCAAGUUCUUGAAGAGGCAUGCCAUGUUCGAUACGCUGCGGCCUUACCUCCCUCACCUCGAGCAGUGGAACGAAACCUGGGGCACAGAUGAGGAUUUCCAGAGGAGUAUGUACGAGGAGAUUGCCGAGAUUGCGUCGGAGGCUGGUUUCCCAGAGGAAAGCCGCCGAUACAUUAUCAAGGCUCUUCGGUCAUUCGACUCGGACGAUAAGGAGGAGCUCUCCACGGAGGAGGCGCAAAACCUCGCCCUCCGUGCCAUCCGCACCGCCCUCCUCUCCAAUACCCAGUAUCUCUACCAGGACCUCCGCGGCAUCCCCGUCAUCGAGGCCCUAAGCGACUCGCACCCUGUAUACUACCAACUCCUCGAGGUCUUCGCCGAGCAAGACCUCGAAGACUUUAACGACUUCAACGACGAGCACGAGGGCUGGAUCGAGGAGCAGAAGCUAGACUACGACAGGCUCUACAGGAAGAUGCGCCUCUUGACCUUUGCCAGCCUCGCCGCCGCCACCCCCAGCCGCGAGAUCCCCUACAGCAACAUCGUCAGGGCCCUAAGGAUUCCCGAGGAGGAGGUCGAGAUGUGGACCAUCGACGCCAUUCGCGCCGGCCUUGUAGAGGGCAAGCUCUCGCAGCAGCGCAAGACCUUCCUCGUUCACAAGGUCACGUAUCGCGUCUUCGGCACCAAGCAAUGGCAGGAGCUUUCUACUCGCGUCGAUAACUGGAAGUCUACUUUGACCACCGUCCUCGAGACUCUCCUCCAGGGUCGGGCCGACGUCAAGGCGCAACAGGAGAGGGAGGUCCAGGAGCUGGAGAGGAAGUUGGCGCAGGCUAACGUUGGUGGACAGCAAGGCCAGGGUGGUGGUCGCCGGCACCACCAGGGCAAGCAACAGAAGGAGAGGGCCGAGAAUGCCGAUUAA